GCCCCCUGCAGGGAGCGGCGGGCGGCUCGGGGCGCACCGCCCGCCCGGAAGGGGAGGGCCUCAGGCCCCCCGCCCGCGGUCGGAGCCGCUGCGGGUGGGGGUGGGGGGGCUGUCCCGCCGGCUCCCGCGUGCUUUCCCGGUCACCAGCCCACGCCCCUCCUCCCCGGUCGGCCCCGCUUUCCUGUGCUGUGUGCUUCCCCCGCCCCCCACCGCGGCCCUGGCCCACACCUCGGGGUGCGCCCCCUCCCCCUGCCCGGCUCCCUGGGACGCCCGGACCCCCGGCCAGGGUGUGGCCAGGAAAAUGCGAAAAUCUUGGGAGGACAGGAGGCUGAAGACGGGAAGUGGCCCUGGCAGGUGAGCGUGAGGAUCAGAGGCAAGCACGUGUGCGGAGGUUCCCUAUCACACAGCAGUGGGUACUGACUGCAGGCCACUGUAUUUUAAGCCGUUUCCACUACAAUGUCAAGAUGGGAGAUCGGAGUGUCUAUAAAGAAAUCAGUGGUCCCCGUCCGAGACAUCAUUGUCCACCCUCAGCUGUCAGUAGUUGGAACCAUUCAAAAGGACCUUGCCCUUCUCCAGCUCCUCUACCCUGUAAACUUCACCAUGACCAUCCAGCCUAUAUGCAUCCCUCAGAAGACUUUCCGGGUGGAAGCUGGGACCACGUGCUGGGUGACCGGUUGGGGCAGAAAAGAAGAAUAUGGUGAGACUGUGAGGCAGGAAGCCGACCCAGGAAGAGGGAGACAGCUUUAGCCCUGCAUUAGGCAAACAGGCUAAAGAGAGGGACAGGGAAGCAGACGGCCUGGCAGAGGGGUGAGGGGACAGCGGUUUAGCAGCAGCCAGGGUGAUGGUUCCUGAUUGGCUUGAGGACAUGAUUGAGGACUUUUGUUGCAACACAAGUAUUUCAUGGUAGCCAUUUAGAAAAGGCACCGGUCCCGGGAACUGGAGCUACUCUCAGGAGAAGAAAUACAGGGGUGAAAUCUCUUUAUGGAGAUUCGUGAGGGACCAUGCCUGGCUGGCUUGGGUUUUUUUUUUUUUUAGGUUCCCUGGGGACCGAGCCAGAUGCUAUGGAAUUCUAUUCAGGGUGGCUUUCUGCUCAGCAGGUGAGGAGUGGUUUGCCAGCCAGAGCUGUCCCUCUCUGAAAGUAUGUUGGUGGUUAGGGAGCUUCCUGUCCUUUUGAGUACAGGCAGAGCCAGAAGGUCGCUGUUGCUGAGGCUAUAGGGCCCCCAUCUCUGGGAAGAGUCUGGACUGGUAACCCUGGGGCACAUUCGAGAGUCUGUGAUCCUGCUCAAAAGUAAAGAUACGUUACUGAUGCACGGAAUACCUGUCACGAUUACCGCUGAUACUCAGGGUGGCGACCUUAUUACCUCUGUUCUCCAUGAGGUCGACCAAGACAUCAUCCACCAUGAAAAAUGUAAUGAGAUGAUUCAGAAAGCCAUGAAAACAACUAGGGAUGUCAUACUGGAAGGAAUGCUCUGUGGCUAUAAAGGCGCAGGAAAGGAUUCAUGUCAGGUGGCGGCGGUCACCCCCGUUGACCCUGGUUCCUACAGGGCUGCGGCCAUUCCUCAGCCAGCAGCAAAGUCGCUGUUUCCUGCAGGAUGUGGCCACAGGUCUAUGAGGAUAGUUGGUGGAAUACCCGCCCCAGAGAGGAAGUGGCCGUGGCAGGUGAGCCUGCAGAUCAAGGAUAAACACACGUGCGGAGGCUCCCUCAUUGCCAGCCGGUGGGUGCUGACCGCUGCCCACUGCAUACUUGGCCACGUGGAGUACACCGUGAAGAUGGGAGACGUCCACGUGAACCAUACCUCCAGGAUGGCCAUCCAGGUGCCGGUCCGGGACAUCGUUAUUCACAAAUAUUACAAUCCUGUUGGAAGCAUUGAGAAUGACAUUGCCCUCAUCCUGCUGGAGUUCCCUGUGAAUUUUUCCUCGCACAUCCAGCCCGUGUGCCUCCCUGAAAAGAUGUUCAUGGUGGAAGCUGGUAUGGAGUGCUGGGUGACUGGAUGGGGAAAACGAAAAGAAACAGAUAAACCCGAAGAUGCUCCAGAACAACUUCAGGAGGCCAAGCUAAACGUUGUACGUUACGAGGAGUGCAAUAGGGCACUCAAGGAACAGAUGGAAAGUGGUAGUGACUUAGUGAAAAAAGGGGCUGUCUGUGGUUACAGUUCCCGAGGAAAGGACACCUGCCAGGGAGAUUCUGGGGGCCCCAUGGCCUGUGAAUUUAAUGAAACAUGGGUCCAGGUGGGGAUUGUGAGCUGGGGCUUUGGCUGUGGUCGCAGAAAUUUUCCCGGAGUUUAUACAGAAGUUAGUUUCUACAAGGACUGGGUCAUUGAUCGCUUGAGUCAGGCUUGCUGUUGGGACUCAGCAGACUUCUUCAUACUUCUGUGCGUGGUGCUGCCCCUGGGCAUCCUGGUGGCCCCGUGAUCACCCCCGCCCACUCCCCUCCUGUUUCUGACUCUCACACGAGGCCCCUCCUCCUCAUUGCCCUUUCCUCCAAUGCUGGUUGGGAUCCACUGACCCCGUAGAGAGCUACCCAGUAGAGAGUGGCAGUAAGCCCAGAGCCCUGAAAGUGUCCCAGCCUGAUGCCCCAGUCACCUGCCUCGGCCACACCCACACCUUGGCUGUGCUCUGCCUGCCGGGAAGGAGGCAGCCGACCUGCCAGCUGGAGCCUGGUGCUUCCCUGACGCCUUGGAGAGCCUCUACCAAAGAAGAGACCUCAUGAGCAGUGAGACAGCAUUCCACCUGGCUGUGGUCUCAGGCUUUCACCUGACAGUGAGCUUGGUGAUUGUGCAGAGAGAGCCAGGCGGUAUCACCAUGGCCCUGCUGAGGUCUGAGGCCUGGGGGUUCCGCAUCCGACCCAGGUGUCUGGGACUGGGCGAAGUUCCCCCCCACCCAGUGCGGAUCCACCUGGAUCCUGCUGGGGCAGCCCCGCGAUGGGGCCCCCUUUCUUGAGUACCCAGUGGCCACGUCCAGGCUCACCCCAAGUCGUGCGGAGACAUUAAGGAGUGUGGAGAUC